CCAAGACGACAGAUCGCUGUGUACUCUGAGAACCUAGAGCUAUGCAGUCAGAUCUGCUGUGAGCUGGAAGAGAGUCAGAACCCUUGCCUAGAACUGGAGCCCUUUGACUGUGGCUGUGACGAGAUCCUGGUGUACCAGCAGGAGGACCCUUCAGUGACUCCUGAUCAGGUGGUUCUCCUUGUCAAGGAAGUUAUCAACAGGAGGUGUUCAGAGAUGGUCUCCAACAGCCGGACGUCCUCAACAGAAGCAGUGGCAGGCAGCGCCCCCCUCUCCCAGGGAUCUUCUGGGAUUGUGGAGUUGUAUGGUUCUGACGUAGAGCCACAGCCCAGCUCUGUGAAUUUCAUCGAAAACCCUCCAGAUCUCAACGAUUCGAACCAGGCUCAGGUGGAUGCUAACAUAGACCUUGUUAGCCCAGACAGCGGGUUGGCCACCAUCAGGAGCAGCCGUUCAUCCAAGGAGAGCUCAGUUUUCCUCAGUGAUGACAGCCCAGUGGGAGAAGGAGCUGGGCCUCACCACACCCUCCUCCCAGGGCUUGACUCCUACAGUCCCAUCCCCGAAGGUCCAGUAGCAGAAGAGAAUGCACGGUCCGGAGAACACAGUGAACACUUUGACCUCUUCAACUUUGACCCAGCACCCAUGGCUUCUGGGCAGUCCCAACCAUCUUCCCAUUCUGCAGACUACUCCCCGGCAGAUGACUUCUUCCCCAACAGUGAUUUGUCAGAAGGACAGCUCCCUGCUGGACCUAAAGGACUUGAUGGGACAGGGAUCAACAUGUCUAACCAUUCAUCCAGUUCUCUCUUGUCAGGUGCUGGCAAAGAUAGCCUUGCAGCAUUUGACGACGAGUUUGUUCCAAGACAAGAAAGUCCUGGAGAUAACUCUGAAAGAAAUUUGAGCCUGACAGGUUUUGUGGGAGAUGGUUCUCCUUCACCAGAAAGGCUAAAAAAUAUUGGAAAGAGGAUCCCACCAACACCCAGGAAUAGCUUUGUAGAAAGUUCACCAUCCACUGAAGAACCAGACUCACUCUAUCCAGAAGAUAUGGCCCAAAAAGCAAUCAACACAGGUCACACGGAGCCACCUCAGACCCGUGCACGGUGUCGCAGCUGGUGGGGUGGUUUGGAAAUUGACUCCAAAAAUAUUGCAGAUGCUUGGAGUUCCAGUGAACAGGAAUCUGUCUUCCAGAGCCCAGAAUCGUGGAAAGAUCAUAAGUCAAGCUCAGUUGAUAGGAGGGCCUCAGAUUCUGUAUUUCAACCAAAGAGUCUUGAAUUCCCAAAAUCAGGUCCCUGGGAGUCUGAAUUUGGUCCACCUAAACUGGGUAGCAAUGAUAAUCAAGAUCAAAAUGAGGAAAGCUUGCAGUUUCAGAACCUGCCCACAGAGAAAUCACAUUUGCCAGAUGUUCCUCAGGGAACAAACCACCUGAUAGAAGACUUUGCUGCUUUGUGGCAUUCUGGUCACUCCCCCACAGUGAUGCCUGGGCCGUGGGGAAAUCCUACAGAUGACAGUGAACCGGCAGCUGCAACCUCAUUCCCAGCCUGGAGUGCGUUUAGUAAAGAAGAUAAUGACGAAGCUUUAAAAAAUACCUGGAAUCUGCACCCCACGAGUGGUGAGACACCUUCUGUGAGGGACCCAAAUGAGUGGGCCAUGGCAAAAAGUGGGUUUUCUUUUUCUUCAGAAGAUCUACUGGACAAUUCACCCAGCGAAGCAAAUAACGAAGCAGUUCCACACAUGUGGGGCAAGAAGAACAAUGACUCUAGGGAUGAUGUCCUCGCAUCUGGAAAUCCCAGUUCGGAUCUGGCUCAUGCAUGGAAUAAUUCUAAGCCACCAAAGGAUGAUCAGAAUGGUUUAGUAGAUCCUAACACUAGAGGGAAGAUACAUGAAAAGGUAGAUUCCUGGAACCUUUUUGAGGAGAAUAUUAAGAAAAGAGGGUCAGAUGUCCUAGCUCCUUGGGAAGAUUCCUUCUUGUCCUAUAAAUGCUCUGAUUACAGUGCAUCCAACAUAGGGGAAGACUCAGUGCCUUCCCCCUUGGAUACCAACUACUCCACCUCCGACUCUUACACAUCACCAACAUUUGCUGCAGAUGACAAAGAGACUGAAAACAAGCCAUUUGCUAAAGAGGAAGCUUUUGAGGCAAAAGAUGCUAAUGCUACCACACGGGAAGCUGAAAUUCCUCCUCAGUCACCGCUGGAGCCACCUAGAAAUCGCAUCAGUUCAGAGCCUGGGAACCUAGACCUGAGGGCUUCACCUCGUGAAGGUAAUAGUUCUGACAUGAAUGCCGCUCUCGACCCAGAUAAAAAUUUACUCCAGACCGAGCACGCAGAUGGUCAGAGCGUCUCCGCAGAGGACGACGUAGGGGAAAGCAGCCAGUCCAGUUACGACGACCCCAGCAUGAUGCAGCUGUACAACGAGACCAACCGGCAGCUCACGCUCCUGCACAGCGGCACCAACGCGCGGCAGGCGGGCCCCGACACUCUGGACUCGUGGAACAGAGUGAUUCUGGAGGACACUCAGUCCACGGCGACGAUCUCGGAUAUGGACAAUGAUUUGGACUGGGACGACUGCAGCGGGGGUGUGGCGAUCACCAGGGACGGUCAAGAAGAAGGCUACGUGGUUGAAGGCUCCGAACUGGAAACCCGGUUUUCAGUGAGACAGCUGGAACCCUGGGGCACGGAGUAUCAGGAAGCCAGUCAGGCAGACUGGGAACCCCCUGGCUCUGCUGAGCACACCGAGGAUUCUGCUCCCAACAGGUACCGCACAGUGAGUGAGAAAAGUGGACAGCUGAUCGCGAACAGCAUUUGGGAUUCCGUGAUGAGAGAUAAAGACAUGUCGUCAUUCAUGUUACCGGACUCAUCAGAUAUGACAGAUUCAGAACAAAGCAGAUUAUGUCCUGAAACUCCCAGCCACGUAGCAAAUGUCAAGGACACUCACAACCCAGAUGUGCUAGAAGCCUCUGGAACCAGUGAGUCAGGAGCACUUACACCGUAUCUUGACCACCAGGACACACUGAGGGGGACCCUACAAAGUGAUACGGCGUCCUUGGUGACCAGGCUUGAGAAUCCAGGGCAUUUUGCAUGCUCAGAUCCGUGGAAAGGUCAUAGCUAUGGACAAAAUGAAAGUGAGAAGGAAGCCGGCGGAGCCACUGACAGGGGGCUCCUCAGCGAGGAGGAAGUGAUUGGCUCUGGGGUGGACAGCGUCUCCGGGAUUUCUGAAAAAGGGCAAAGUGACCAGGAACUCUCUUCUCCAGUGGCAUCUGAACCUCAAGAAAUCUACGCUGAACCAGGCAAAAUCAGCUCUCUUUCAGUCACUUUCAGUCCUCAAACUGAGGAACCAGAGGAAGCUUUAGAGUAUGAGAAGGAGUCUUUCAAUCUAGAUUCCUGUGAUGUGCAAACAGAGGUGUCCACAGACACCCUGCAGGCAAAAGAUGCCUAUGAAAAGUACCUCACAAGUCGUAGAAAUUCAGGUGGAACCACUGAGAUUUCAAGUAGGAUAAAUUUAACAAAAAAUUUAUCAUUACCUGAAAUGGACCUUUUGAAAAUGGAAGAAUGUAAUAUCCUAGAACCAGAGAGAGUGAACAAAGAGCCCCCUCAUGAAUUUCCCCAAAGCCUUGACAUUCGGGAUGGCCCUCUAGACAGGGAUGUGCAGGUGAGUUGCACAAGUCCUGAGAUAACUGAGAAUCUUGAAGUUAAGGGGACUGAAAACAGCCUUCCAGGAGCCAUUUCAUCUGGAAAUCAUGACAAAGACAGUAUUUCUAGUGAGUAUACUGGUUCAAGUACAUCAAGUCCUGACCUAGAUGAUUCUUCAGCUGUAUUGUCUUCCUGGGAGCAGCAACCCAGUACUGAGCAUCACAAAGAGAACCGAGAUAACUGCAGCGAGCACAAUUGCCAAGAAUCUGGACUAAUUACCACCACUGAUGGCCAAGCAGAAGUAACUACUGAAAUGAAGGAUUUAGAGGAAAACAAAAUGGAUGAGUUUGAUCACAAAGUUCCUAAAUUUUUAGAGAUUUGGAAUGACUCCAUUGAUGCUGACUCCUUAUCCUCUUUAUCCAGUCCUGAAACAGGUAAAUAUUCUGAAUAUUCAGGUGCACACGAGGAAAGAAAUCUAAUGGUUAGUCAUCAGGAGAAAGAUGAACGUGACAUUCCUGAAACUGUGCAGCCAGAGGUUGCCAAGGUCAUUUCAACCAGCUCAGGUUCUGAGGAUGAUGGUGUGGGUGGUGAAGAGUCAGUGGAGGCAGAGACCCAUCUGGCCAGUGGCCACGUUGCUCAGAGUGAACCCAGAGCCUGGGAUUCAUUGACUGAAUCUGAUAAGUUCUUGGCUACAGCUGAUCCCAAGUCUGAGGAAUUUUCUGACCACCUAGGCAGCCCAGAACCAGCUGAGAGUAAGUCAGACCUAUUCGGUGACAAUCAACAAAGCAGCCCUGAACACUGGAAUUUUUCACCACUAACGAAGGCUGAAAUACAGGCUACCAUAGUGGAGACGGAGACAAGAUCUUCUCCAGAAACAAGGAACACAGGAGAUGUCACAUGGCAACUAUCUCCCAAUGCUGAACCAAAGAAUGAAGAUAAUUCUAAAUUGGAGAUGCUGGGCUUCUCGGCUGAGAGCAGCGAGUGGUGGAAUGCCUCACCACAGGAAGGCGGACCAAUCGAGAGCGCAUUGGAAGGGGAACUGUCUGACUCAAGUGGUGUGUUAGAGAUAAAUUCCUCAGUACACCAGAAUGGGGGUCCCUGGGGUGUACCCAUCCAGGGUGAUUUCGAGUCCAUGGAAACACACUAUACUAACCCUUUCAGUGACAAACAUCAGUCACCCUUUCUGGAUGGUAAUGGGGAGAAGUCCUGUGAGCAGCUUUGGAACAUUCAACCGGGGCAGCCAGACCCAGAGGCUGAUCAGUUUAGCCAGCUUGUGAUAUUGGACCAAAUUCAAGAAAAGAACUCGAAAGAGCAAACCUUGAUGUCUUCUGCUGGCGAGGAACUCAGUUCUGAAAUGCCUACCCAAGAGCAGCAUCAGGGUGCCGUGCUGUCCGGCUGGGAUCACCUAGACCCAGCCCUGCCUCACCCCAAUGACAAUGGAUGUGUUGUAUCUAAUGUUUCAACUAUCGAGCGUCAGGAAACAAAUUGGCAGGAACAAGAACAAUCAAGCCUCGGUGAAAUGACGAAUUUGAGCAUUGCCACAGAAAAUUUCCCUGCUGUCGGUUCUCCCACUCAAUUGAUAAAGAAGUCAGGCUCUGGAUGGGAUGGCUCUAGCCCCAGUGAGGGCCCCCAAGGUAACUUUGUUCCAGAUAUUUUACCUGGCAACUUUCAAGAGGGUGGGCAACUGGCCUCAGCUUCACCUGACUUGUGGACGGAUGCUAAGCAGCCCUUCAGUUUGAAAGCAGAUGGGGAGAAUCCUGACCUACUAACUCACUGUGAGCACGACAACAUCUCUCAGGCUUCCCACAGCCCUGAUAUCUGUCAUGACUCUGAAGCGAAGCAGGAUUCUGAGCAGCACUUCAGUGCUUACGUGGGACCUGAUGUAGGGUCCAGUGAGCUUUAUCUCACUGAGCCAGAGAAGGAUGAAGAGCCCAGUCAGGAGCCUGGGCAGGAAUUUGUCCCCUACAAUUCUGAACUCUAUUCUGAAAAUGCAAUUCCACUGCCUCCGAUUGGCAAUCAAACAGACAUAAACGGCUCCUCCCAGCCUGCUUCUCAGAGAUGUUCUCCUGAACCUUCUGAAAUAGAUGGUGACAACAGUACAGGUUUAAAAGCAUCAGAAAAAGGAACCAGCCCAGAUCUAGCACCAGUUUUGGAACUUGUUGAUGGAACAACCCCAAGGAUGGAAAAUAUGGUGACUAGCAUUUUUGUAACUCACCAAGAGACAACUGUGGAAGGAAAUGCUUUUGGGGUAUCAGAAGGCUUGUCUCCUGAGAGUCAGACAGGUGCAGGGGCCUUGUCUGACAGCGAGCCACCUUUUGCCUCUGAGAAUCCUGCCACAGUUACUGAUGCGUUGCUAGCCUCAGACACCUGUCUGGACGUAAGCGAAGCUGCCUUUGAUCACAGUUUCAGCGAUGCCUCUGGUCUCAACACAUCCACAGGAACGAUAGAUGACAUGAGUAAACUGACAUUGUCAGAAGGCCAUCCUGAGACACCAAUUGAUGGGGACCUUGGGAAGCAAGAUAUCUGUUCAUCUGAAGCCUCGUGGGGUGAUUUUGAGUGUGAAGUAAUGGGCCAGAAUAUCGAUGAAGACUUAAUGAAAGAGCCUGAACACUUCUGCUAUGGUGGUGACCCUCCUUUGGAGGAGGAUGCUCUGAAGCGGUCGCUGGCACCAUACACACCUCCCUUUGAUUUGUCCUAUCUCACAGAACCUACCCAUGGUGCUGAAACAGCAGAGGAAGCUGGGUCUCCAGAGGAUGAGUCUCUGGGGAGCAAGGCAGCAGAUAUAGUGCUUUCUGCCCUUCCUGAUCGACAAAAUGAGGGAAACCAUGCUCAGCCCCAAACCAGACAGCCUGGACCCCAGCUGGUUGUGCUGCACAUUGAUGAAGACCCUGAGUCCGUUCCUUUACCUGAAGAAGCAGGCUCCAGUAUUUUGUCUCCAUCAAACAUUGACUGGGAAGUAGAAACAGAUUAUUCUGAUUCACCAGCAGGUGGAGACAUAGGAUCACCAAAUGGUGCUAGCAAGGAAAUAUUAGAGUUGGACGAAGAAAAAAUAAUUCCUACCAAAGAGCCUGAGCAGAUAAAAUUCAAAUACAAGGAGGAAAGAUGCACGGAGAAGUAUGAAGAUCCUCAUGUACUCCACAUGGAUUACAUACUUGUAAACCAUGAAGAAAAUUCACCCCUGAAGCCAGAGGCCUGUGAAGCAAGAGAAAGCAUAUCUGAAUUAGAAGAAUCAUACAUAAGUUCUGAAAAAACGGGGCUGCCGGGAACUCAAUCAGCAAGCCUCCCAGAUGCAUGUCAGCCUGCUUCCCUAAAUGAAAGAAAAGAUCAUUCUGCAGAGAGAAUGUCUUCCAAAGAUGACAGGAGAUCAUUGAGAUCAUCUCUUGAGAGCCCUGUGCAAGAUCAGAGUUGGAUGGUCUUGGGCCAUAGUGAGGUUAGCGAUCCAUCGUUGGAAGAAGCCAGGGACUCAGGGCCUGGAUGGCCUGGCAAGACUGUGGAGCCAUUCUCUGAUCUCAGCAUGAACAACGGUCCCCAGAUGCAGGUUCUGGAGGAAAUAAAGCCUCUAGAAUCUUUAGCACUAGAGGAAGCUUCUGGUCUGAUCAGCCAAUCACGGAGGAACAAGAGCCAAGGCUGGGUCAGCCCGGAUGCAGUGACAUUGCAGGCUGUUGCCCAUGACAAUGAAUGGGAAAUGCUUUCACCACAGCCUUCUCAGAAAAACGUGAUCCCUGACAUGGAAGUGGAGGAGGAGACAGAGUUCCUUGAGCCCAGAACCAGGAAACCAAGAUCAAAUGGACUACUGUCAGAGGAUGUAGGAAUGGACAUCCCCUUUGAGGAGGGAAUGCUGAGUCCCGGUGAUGCAGACAUGAGGCCUGAACCUCCUAACUCUCUGGAUCUUAAUGGCACUCAUCCUCGGAGAAUCAAGCUCACAGCCCCAAAUAUCAAUCUUUCUUUGGACCAAAGUGAAGGAUCUAUUCUCUCUGAUGAUAACCUGGACAGUCCGGAUGAAAUUGAUAUCAAUGUGGAUGAACUCGACACCCCUGAUGAAGCCGAUUCUUUUGAGUACACUGGCCAUGAAGAUCCUACCACCAACAAAGAUUCUGGCCAGGAGUCAGAGUCUAUUCCAGAAUACACAGCCGCAGAGGAACGAGAGGACAACCGGCUGUGGAGGACAGUGGUGAUUGGAGAGCAAGAGCAGCGGAUUGACAUGAAGGUCAUCGAGCCCUACAGGAGGGUCAUUUCUCACGGAGGAUACUAUGGGGACGGUCUAAAUGCCAUCAUUGUGUUUGCCGCCUGUUUUCUGCCAGACAGCAGUCGGGCGGAUUACCACUAUGUCAUGGAAAAUCUUUUCCUAUAUGUAAUAAGUACUUUAGAGUUGAUGGUGGCUGAAGACUAUAUGAUUGUGUACUUGAAUGGCGCAACCCCAAGACGCAAGAUGCCUGGGCUAGGCUGGAUGAAGAAAUGCUACCAGAUGAUUGAUAGACGGUUACGGAAGAAUUUGAAGUCAUUCAUCAUUGUUCAUCCAUCCUGGUUCAUCAGAACAAUCCUUGCAGUGACACGACCCUUUAUAAGUUCAAAAUUCAGCAGUAAAAUUAAAUAUGUCAGUAGCUUAUCAGAACUCAGUGGGCUGAUCCCAAUGGAUUGCAUCCACAUUCCAGAGAGCAUCAUCAAACUGGAUGAAGAACUGAGAGAAGCAUCAGAAUCAGCUAAAACUAGCUGCCUUUACAAUGAUCCAGAAAUGUCUUCUAUGGAGAAGGAUAUUGACUUGAAGCUGAAAGAAAAGCCCUAGUUGGCCAUGCUGGAAGAGAAGGAUGCCUUUCUGCUUCGUGGGUCUGUUGAAAAAUAUCUACCUGGAAGAGACAGGGCUGAUGUUACCUUUUUCCACUUUGCACUACCUGGUGCCAUUCUAAAUUUCUAAGGGGUAAAAUAGGAAGUGAAUUUGUUUACUUUUAACAUGUUUUAUGAAAUUGUGUGUCCUUCCCUAUUUUGCCAAUUAUGUGCCUCAAAGACUUUAGUUGAACCUUAGCAAGAAAGUAGGACGUUCCACUUCAAUAUUUCACUAACACUUGGUGCAGUGGUAUUUCAUCCCUUAGACCAGUGUUUACCAGUAAGCUACCUUUAAUCCAUGUUUGGUGUGAGUGGAUACGUUUCCAUAGAUUAGCUGGAUUUCUCCUUGGUAAUUGUCUUAGGUUUAAAGUACACAGGGCUCAACUCUCCCCGGGAAAGUUGCCGCCAUGUAACUCUACUUAAAAAUCCUAAGCCUGCUUAGGGCAGCCACAAACCAGACACCAGUGUGAAACCAUCAUCCUCUAAGUACUCACUUUGUUCUUGCUCAUGUGAAUCUCUUUUAAUCUCUCAAAGGGAAGCCAGGCUUUUGAACUCACAUCAAUUUUAUUUUAGUUAUCAAGUUGGGCAUCAUGUUUUAUGUGAAUUGGUCUUUUUUAAAAAAAAUCAUCAUUUCUCCAAUGAAUGUUGAUGACCUCCACAUUGCAAAAACCUAAGGAUCAGUGUCGCAUGUUUGGUAUCUGUCUCCCUUUCAGGCCAUAAACUUUGCUCAAGAUGUUACAUUUUAAGUGCCAAGAACUCAGUGUAAGGUGGCCUACUCAAAAAUUAUUUGGUAACAUUCAGUUCUCCGAAUUUCUCUAUCAUAUGUAUUAUAAAAGGAGAUCUGUUUUAAACACUCUAAUCAGAUUAUAGGCUUAAAAAUAAAUUCAAGUUUGUACUAUCACUUACAAGAUAUUUUCAUAUGCCCUUUAACAAUGCCAACAUGAUUUCAGAUCUGUAGAUCUCUAGUGGAGGGGCUGGCA